AAAAAAUACCAAUAUAUACCAAAAAGUCCACCACUAAGCAACAGAGAGCGCGGAGGAAACGGCAGAUAGUCGCCCCCUAAGACAAUCCCCACCCACGCUCCAGGAAACCGUCGAACAAAAACUUCAAAAUGCAAUUGACGUGGCAGAGAGAUCAGAUAAAUCUAAUACUUCCCCUUGCCGUGAUUUGUUGUUGUUUGCUAAUCGACGUUAGCACCGCUCAAGAGGCCCAACAACCAUGGUACGAGAAUCUUCCAGCUGUGGCCAUGGACUACAAGGUUCACAUUGAUGCUGGUAAGGAGGAUUGCUACCAUCAGUACGUCAAGGCGGGAGCCACCUUCUACGUGUCUUUCAGUGUGGUGCGUGGAGGCGAUGGCAUGGCUGGUUUUGCGGUUCGCAAUCCUGCUGGUGAGGUGGUGAAGCCCUACCAAUGGCAGGCUACUGCGGAUUACACCGACCAGGUCUCGCCAGGUGGAUACUAUUCCGUGUGCAUUGACAACCAGUUCUCCCGAUUCGCUGGUAAGCUGGUCAACAUCUAUAUCACGGUGGUGAAGUACGAUGCCUGGGACAAGUACGCCAAAGAGAUCGAGCAGCUGCAGCUGAAUAUGCAAAACUUUACUGCCACCAUUGGAACCGUUGAGCGCAAUAUCAACGAUAUGAUGGGCUACCAAGCGCACAGUAGACAUCGCGAAUCACGCGAUUAUGCUCUGCUGUUGGACAACAAUUCCUAUAUUCAAACCUUCUCGAUUAGUCAAAUCGUGGUCAUAUUGAUUACGUGCUCUAUACAGGUUUAUUUUGUGCGCAAACUUUUUGAAGUCAAAUCGGGCUCCAAAAGCCGAAUUUAAGUUUGACAAGAAACUUUUCAAAGACUCUUCACAUCUUUUUUGAAUUCCAUCCGCAUUUCCAAGACAUUCAUUUUACUUGCUGACUCCCCUUUGCGUUUUUUAAUUUAUGUUAUAAAUGGCUAAACAGAUCAAGUGCAACUGAGCAGACUUUCUUCAUAUUUACGACUACUUAUGUCAUACGAGUUGUAGACAGAAAAACUUAAUGUGAUAAGUGUACAUUUGUGUGUUUUGUUCAAUAAAAUAUUGAAGAUUUUUGUACUUA